UUCUCAUAACCCGUCCCUGGAAUCUGAGGAAGAAUCCAGGCCAACUCCAGUUAAUUUCAUCUAUGUUUUCUUUUAUUUCUAUCUGAAAGGAGUUUUGAAUGAAACAGGCGUUUUCAGAAUGAGCCCCUUCACUGGACUUUGUGCUUAUCAUGCAGCUGGCUCAGUUUCUCCAGCCCUUACUCUGUCCCUCACCCUUCCUGGGUCACUGACAAUCCGGCUUCCCUCUGCAAAGCAUCCUGGGAAAACUUGAGUUGCUGUGUCCCCAGAGUUGACAGGUCUCCUCUGAUUGCAGAUUCGGCAUAUUGUCAGAUGGAACCUGAAUUUUUUCCCCAUAGGCUGGCAAGGGACAUCUUUGACUUGUUCUGGAGACAAGAGUAGUUAUUUGGAGAAUGUACCAAUAGAAAUGAAGAGCUCAGCUGGAUGAUUACCAUCCUUGGAGAAACACAGGAGGAGGAGGAUGAGAUCCUUCCAAGGAAAGACUAUGAGAGUUUGGAUUAUGAUCGCUGUAUCAAUGACCCCUACCUGGAAGUUUUGGAGACCAUGGAUAAUAAGAAAGGUCGCAGGUAUGAGGCGGUGAAGUGGAUGGUGGUGUUUGCCAUUGGAGUCUGCACCGGGCUGGUGGGUCUCUUUGUGGACUUCUUCGUGCGCCUCUUCACCCAGCUCAAGUUUGGAGUGGUACAGGCGUCGGUGGAGGAAUGCAGCCAGAAAGGCUGCCUCGCCCUGUCCCUCCUUGAACUUUUGGGUUUCAACUUGACCUUUGCCUUCUUGGCGAGCCUUCUGGUCCUCAUCGAGCCAGUGGCAGCAGGUUCUGGGAUACCCGAGAUCAAGUGCUAUCUGAACGGCGUGAAGGUGCCCGGAAUCGUCCGUCUCCGGACCCUGCUCUGCAAAGUCUUUGGGGUGCUAUUCAGUGUGGCUGGAGGGCUCUUUGUGGGGAAGGAAGGCCCCAUGAUCCACAGUGGAGCAGUGGUGGGAGCUGGCCUCCCUCAGUUUCAGAGCAUCUCUUUACGGAAGAUCCAGUUUAACUUCCCCUAUUUCCGAAGUGACAGAGACAAGCGGGACUUCGUAUCAGCAGGGGCGGCUGCUGGAGUCGCUGCAGCUUUCGGGGCUCCCAUUGGGGGUACCUUGUUCAGUCUGGAGGAGGGCUCAUCCUUCUGGAACCAAGGGCUCACAUGGAAAGUGCUCUUUUGUUCCAUGUCUGCCACCUUCACCCUCAACUUCUUUCGUUCUGGGAUUCAGUUUGGAAGUUGGGGUUCCUUCCAGCUCCCUGGAUUGCUGAACUUCGGCGAGUUUAAGUGCUCUGACUCUGAUAAAAAAUGUCAUCUCUGGACAGCUAUGGAUUUGGGUUUCUUCGUCGUGAUGGGGGUCAUUGGGGGCCUCCUGGGAGCCACAUUCAACUGUCUGAACAAGAGGCUUGCAAAGUACCGUAUGCGAAACGUGCACCCGAAACCUAAGCUCGUCAGAGUCUUAGAGAGCCUCCUGGUGUCUCUGGUAACCACCGUGGUGGUGUUUGUGGCCUCGAUGGUAUUAGGAGAAUGCCGACAGAUACCUUCUUCGAGUCAAAUCGGUAAUGACUCAUUCCAGCUCCAGGUCACAUCAGAAGACGUGAAUUCAAGUAUCAAGACCUUUUUUUGUCCCAAUGAGACCUACAAUGACAUGGCCACACUCUUCUUCAAUCCCCAGGAGUCUGCCAUCCUUCAGCUUUUCCACCAGGAUGGUACUUUCAGCCCCAUCACUUUGGCCUUGUUCUUCGUGCUCUAUUUCUCGCUGGCGUGUUGGACUUACGGCAUUUCUGUUCCAAGUGGCCUUUUUGUGCCUUCCCUGCUGUGUGGAGCUGCUUUUGGACGUUUGGUCGCCAAUGUCCUCAAAAGCUACAUUGGAUUGGGCCACGUCUAUUCAGGGACCUUUGCCCUGAUUGGUGCCGCGGCUUUCUUGGGUGGGGUCGUCCGUAUGACCAUCAGUCUCACUGUCAUCCUGAUUGAGUCGACCAACGAGAUUACUUACGGGCUUCCCAUUAUGAUCACCCUGAUGGUGGCCAAAUGGACAGGGGACUUCUUCAGUAAGGGCAUUUAUGAUAUCCACGUGGGGCUGCGAGGAGUGCCGCUUCUGGAGUGGGAGACAGAGGUGGAAAUGGACAAACUGAGAGCCAGCGACAUCAUGGAGCCCAACCUGACCUAUGUCUACCCGCACACCCGCAUCCAGUCCCUGGUCAGCAUCCUGCGCACCACGGUCCACCACGCCUUCCCGGUGGUCACAGAGAACCGCGGCAACGAGAAGGAGUUCAUGAAGGGCAACCAGCUCAUCAGUAACAACAUCAAAUUCAAGAAGUCCAGCAUCCUCACCCGAGCCGGCGAGCAGCGCAGACGGAGCCAGUCCAUGAAGUCCUACCCGUCGAGUGAGCUGCGGAACAUGUGCGAUGAGCACGUCACCUCCGAGGAGCCGGCCGAGAAGGAGGACCUCCUGCAGCAGAUGCUCGAGCGCAGAUACACUCCCUACCCCAACCUAUACCCUGACCAGUCCCCAAGUGAAGACUGGACCAUGGAGGAACGCUUCCGCCCUCUGACCUUCCACGGCCUGAUCCUUCGGUCACAACUGGUCACUCUGCUCGUGCGAGGGGUUUGUUAUUCUGAAAGCCAAUCGAGCGCCAGCCAGCCGCGCCUUUCCUACGCCGAGAUGGCCGAGGAUUACCCGCGGUACCCUGACAUCCACGACCUGGACCUGACACUGCUGAACCCGCGGAUGAUCGUGGAUGUCACCCCGUACAUGAACCCUUCGCCCUUCACUGUUUCACCAAACACCCACGUCUCCCAAGUGUUCAACCUGUUCAGGACGAUGGGCCUGCGGCACUUGCCCGUGGUGAAUGCGGUGGGAGAGAUCGUGGGGAUCAUCACACGACACAACCUGACCGACGAGUUUCUGCAGGCCCGGCUGCGGCAGCACUACCAGACCAUGUGAUGGCUCGGCCUCGCUGCCCCUCCAUGGGCCGGCCCUCUCUCCCAGAGCUGCCUGGGGAGGCAGCUCGCUCAUGGUCCGCCGUCACAGCUGCCUGGGGCUGUCCAGGGGCGUGGAAGAUUCCCGGUUACCCACUCGCUCGGAAAGCCUACAAUCAUCACACACUUUGCUGGUCAGAGAUCCCAAGGAUGGUUCUGAACCAUCAGAACUUGGACUGGUCUGACUUUCCCAGCAAGUAUCUUCCUGGUUCCUGUUCCCUGCAUUCCUGCCAUCAGUUUGGGCACAGACCUCAGUCCCUUCCACCCUGCUAGCGCCAGGACCAGAGGGGGAAGGCAGGCCUCGCCCACUGGGGGGACACCCAGAGCAGGUUUCCUGCCCCCUCUUUGCUGCUUUCCUAGGGAGCCCAGCUGUUGCCUUAAACCAUUAUGGGAGGGACUUUGGCAAGGCAAACACUGUGGGGAGACCAGUUGCAAAAAUAAGUGAAUCACUAAAUUUAGGAAUUGGGCACUGAGGAAAUGGUCCAUGUUUCAGGGAGGCCUUCCAUCGUUGGGUCUUAACUCGUCAUCUUCAACAGUUCAUUUUCGAGAAUGUUCUGCUUCCUGGGUGUGAGCUAGCGCUCUGCUCUUGCCCCUGGGGUUUGAAUCUCCUUAGAAUCACCACCCUCCAGAAGCACAAAGCAUUAAAAUUCCACUAAUAAUCUGUGAACGAUAAGUCUGACAGUAGGGUCAGAUUUGCAUCUGCUUUCACUUUUAACAUUCAGCUUUCUCUCCGUUUCCCAAAUUAUUCAUGGUCUCCUAGUGACACAUUUGUACCGUGAUCCAUCCCUGGUCCUUUUCAUCUCUAUGAAUGACUAAACUUUCCUUAAGUUCUUACCUCGUCUUCCUGGUGAAGCUGCCACAGCCCAGAGGGUCUCAGUGUCCAUCCCCGCCCCCUGCCCAAGUUAACUGCAAACAGGGCACCGCCAGAUAACACUGCUUCGCUUAGCUCUGGGGAACGGUGCAGCUAUUGAUAAGGUAGAAAGGAGUGAGUCCUGAGCGGUGACCACUCACAGGUACGUAAUGUGGCCUGAGAAGCAGUGUCACAGUAAAGCAGAGGGUUAUUCAAGGAAGAGGCGUCUGGCCUUCACAAAGGUCUCUCAGUCACCUGCUGCCAGCCGUCCCCAGCCUGCUGAGGGCUCAGAAAUGGAAACUUCAGCAGGGUCUGCUCUGCUGCCAGGGGCUGGGGUGGGGAGGGGCGCCUGCCAGCACCUGCCCUGAGGUUUCAGCAUUAAACCUAGGAGGCCUCCCUCUGUCUUUCAGUGACUUAGUUUCUCCCAGGCUGGUUGGUCCUCUCUGAACAGCACCCAGCGAACAUUCGGGCGUCAGGCACGGGCCCUGACUUUCCCUUUACUUCUGUGCUCUCUGCUUUAUCAGCACCUUAGGCCCGUCGGCCAGCCCUGGGGCAGAUGUGCUUUGGGACUCAAGAUGGCCUUCAUUUGCGUUUAGUGGGUUUUUUAAUCAUGGAAGUCGCCUGAGGGUGUCUCUGCCUGGCCCUGGCAGCCCUCUUCUUCCCCCCUCAGCCCCCACUGACUUCGCUUGCCAAGACUGCCUUUCAGCCUGGGGGGGCGGUCAGUCCCGGCUUCGCCAGCUUCCGUCUUGUGCUCAGCACUCUGUUCCUCUUAAGUGAGGGCUGCGUCAGCAUCUUUCCCAACUGACUGUGGCCCCUCCAUUCUUCCCAUUGUCUUCUCUUUUUGACCAAAAGUACUUUGACUUCUAAAUGUUUCAGCUUCCCUGGAUGCGCUUGACUUGUGAAAUGUGGAUGAAACUCCCAAUAAAUAGUUCAGGAAAUCACGAGGACCAACAAGGCAAGCCUUCCUGAAUGUGAUUGCCUUCAGCCAGCUGCCGCUUUAUUUUAAGGCAGCAUUCAGAGCUUGGCUACACAAAUUCUUCCUUUUUCUAAGAAGGAAACCAAUUGCCCAAGUCAGGACAAUGGAGUGACUGCCGGUCACAGAAGUUGAAUCCCCUCUCCCCACCCUCACUGAAAUUGGCAGAACUCAAGUUCUGCAGGAGGACCUCUGGCCUCCAGGGCCCUCGAGGCCUCCCGGGUGAAUGUCAUUGGAAUUCACCCCUCGUGCUUGUUGAGUUUAAGUCAACAGAUAUUUUGUUCCCAUCGGUGUAGCUCAGAGACAGAUGGUAGAAUGCAAAUGCUUCCCUCCACCUGACCUGACUGGAUGGCCACCAAGGAUGACCCAAACCCAGGCCCCCUGGAAAGGCGCGUUGUUUCCUGUCCUCUGUUGGCAUCUGCCGUUUCUGGAGAAGCCCGAGGACAGCCACUGCUCCCGUUGUAACAGAAUAACCGUAAGCCUCGCUCCUCUGAUUUCUGAUAGGUAGAAACCCAAAUGUUCACCAUCUUGCCUAUUACCGGCCCCAUCACCUCCCAGUGAUACGGCACCUCAAUAAACAAAAACCCACGGAGGGGGUCGGGGUGGGCUAGAGGCGGCUCUCUGUGUUUCGUCUCCAGCUGGGUGGUUUGUGUUCCCCAGCAAGGGUGACCAGAGGUGGGGCGAGAGUCCCUCCAGACUGCAGGGCCUUUGCGCCCCGGGGGGUGGUGUGCUCCUGACCUUGUUUAGCUAACGGUUUUGCUGGAAUGGACUCUUGCUUGCUUGAACCCAGCUGACCAUACAACAUUUCUGAUGCAAAAUUGCGCACUGACGCGGCCCUCGGAGACGAGAGCCCCGGGGAGGUGGGAAGCGCUCUCAUGGGCCUGCAGUAUUGAUGUGCAGUGUUGCCCCACAGCUCCGUGGACCUCAGUCGUUUCAACAGUAGCAGCUUCCUUUUUUCCCUUUGCACUGUUUGUUUAUACAGUAAUGUUAGCUAAUUCCACUGUGUAUAUAAAUUGUAUUUUUUUUAAUUUGUAAAAUUCUAUUUUUAUUUGAACUUUUGGAACUUGGAAGUUCUCAUUGUAACCAUAACAUGUCAGAAUAAAAUGUCCUCAUCUGUCUUCUUGAGUC